AUGCUACCAGCAGUUGUGAAGCUCUGCUGUGGAAUCUCAUACCCGCACCUAAGGAGCAUGGCAGGACUGCAACGCACGGCAAUGGCGGCUAUUGGUCAAGAGAUAGCUCAUAUGAAGAAAGGGGGUCAGAUCAUCCUACCUGACUGGACAAGCCAUAUGAAGUGGCCUGGAAGCAUGGCUUGUGAUGAGACAAGAAUGGAAAAGUUAAAGGCGAGCAGGCAAACCACUUUGAGAGGGGAAGAGCUGGCCUACGUGAAGCAAGGGCAGGAGGCAUUACAGAUGGCCCUGGAGAUUGUUGAGGACAAAAUUGGAUGGAAAAUAGAAACUUCAGAGGAAAAUGGUGAUGUGAUCUACAGUAAGAUUCUUCCCGGAGCUCGGAAGGUCUUCAAACUGGAAGCUGUUUUAGAUGCAUCUCCAGAGGAGCUCCACGAGCACUUGUUUGUGAAAGUGGAAGACAUGAGUCAGUGGAACCCUAACAUCAAACAAAUUAAAGUGCUGAAGCAGGUUGGUGAUGACACCAUGGUUACACAUGAGGUCUCAGCCGAGACAGUGGGCAAUCUGAUCGGCCAGCGGGAUUUCCUCAGUGUCAGGCACUGUUGUAAACGGAAGUCCUGUAUCUAUUUAGCUGGAGCAGCCACACACAUAGAGUCCUUCCCACCCCAGAAAGGCUUCGUAAGAGCCGAGGAUGGACCAACAUGCAUUAUCAUACAGCCAACCGGAGACAACACCGGCAAGACUCGAUUCACAUGGCUUCUGAACAUGGACCUGAAGGGAUGGUUACCGAAGUCCAUUGUCAAUCAAGCGUUGCCACGAGCGCAGGCAGAUUUCACCCGGCAUCUGCGCCAGCAUCUGGCAGAACGGCUGCUGUCAGCGCGGGGCUGA